UCGGAGUGAUCACUUCACGCCGAACAUAGCAGAGAGCAGUCAACCCGUCGUGUCUCUACCCGAGGCCGGAUGGUAAAAUCCAACCUCCAGCGGAUCCUAAACAGUCAUUGCUUUGCUCGCGAGAAAGAAGGAAAACAGCAGCCUCCCAUCACAAUGGCGAAUUUGAAUAGCGGCAUCUGUGACAUGAUCGGGAACCUGUCCCUGCACUGUAGUAGUACCCGCGGUCCGGGGCCUCAGUGGUGCUCCGAUGCCCCUCACCCACCCCUGAAGAUUCCAGGUGGGCGAGGGAAUGGCACACGGGAUCACACUCCUUCAGCUCGGCCGGUCUACUCGGACCGAAAGUUGACGGUAACGGAGGAGCCAGCAGGGAAUGGUCGCCCUGGGAUACUCCACUUUCAAACGCACCCCACUGUUACCAAGACGAUACAGUGGGAUGCUGUCCUCAGCAGCAGCGCUCUCUACGUGGAGAUACCUCUUGACCCUCUCCCUGAAGGCAGCAAGGAGAGUUUCGCAGCUCUCCUGGAGUAUGCCGAAGAACAUCUGAAAGUCGUUAGUGUGUUUGUCUGCUUUUACAAGAACAGAGAUGAUCGUGCUAAACUGGUGCGUACCUUCAGUUUCCUGGGCUUUGAGAUUGUGAAACCGGGCCAUGCCCUCGUCCCACCUCGACCCGACGUUUUCUUCAUGGCUUACAAUUUUGAUCGGGACUCUUCGGACGAGGAGUAGCUCCCUGGACAGCCCCCCCCACUCCCUCCUCACCUCCCCACUAUAUGGGUGCCCAUCCCGUCCCAGCUUAUCCAUCUGCACCCAGCAUCUGUGUUAAACCCUCAGCGGUAGCUCUCUGUAUGCAAGCAUUCCCCCCCCCAUGCUUUUUAUUCAAGGGAAUAUGUAAGCUGUGCAUCUCCUGAUUCUCCCCCAAAUCUAUCUUUGUGUGUUUUAAUAUGCUAUUUUCAUUCAAGAUUGAUUAGUGUUGUCACCUAAAUACGAGGGAAACUGUUUGUUUUUUUUGGACUUUGAUUAAAUUGCAGUUGUCAUAGCUCUAAGUUAAAUUGUCUUAUUUCCAUUUUUUGUCAAGUCGUUGCUUUGUUUAUUUACUUUUAUGAUAGACUAAGGAGGAGAAAUCUUAAAUUCUUGAAUGUACAACAAAGGAUCAGGUUUACACUCGGGUACUCCAGCUUUGUUUUUUUGGAUUGGCUAAAUAAUAACUUCAACAUUUUUGCCCAAAUACCUACGUAUAAAUUUCAGCGGGACCAGUUUGGUUUUAUAGCACUGAUACCCUUUUAAGUAUUAGUUAUUUUUAAAACUCUACGUUUUGAGCGACAGCCCCAAUAAUUGGUACUUCAUAAAGAAUAGUGAAUCCAUUUAGACUAGAGGUGGAGAGAUAAGAUGAAAACUGUUGCACGUGUUGGUUUCAAGAUCCUACGACGAGUGUGUUUGUACAGAGUGAAAGGAAAGUGAAUAAUCCAAAGUGCUUUUGCUUCUUUCUGCCAUGUGUAUCUGACAAUAUUGUAGUGUUUUAUUUUGGAGGAUGAAAAAUGUUGCUGUGAAUGGGAUUUAUUUUUUUGGUGUCAUUUUUGGAUUAGCAUUCCUUUUCAACUUUUUGUUUUCCAUGAUAAUAAGGAGUUCAUUGUUCACCUGCAUAGUGGUACCUGUUGUGCGUCUGUGAUAAUAAAACAAACAAAAAACAAAA